AAGAUUUCUUAGGUAUGUCGAAUCAAUAUAUGGCCGAAGCCUUUAUGAGACUGUCGGAUGUACCAAGGGAUUCUGAUAGCGAUGAACAGACUCAUUUGACUUUGAGCAGACCCACUGCCAUAGUUAGAUGAUUUAUACGAAGAAGUCCUAUUUGGAAUUUUGCACAAUGUGGGGUGCUCCAAAAACGAUGUCCUGCUGCAGGAGCAAGAAGCCCAAAUCGAACAUCUGCGACAGGUUUUUCGCAUUUCUGCAAACAAACACGAAUUAGCAAUGGCGAAGGCUAUGGUUAAAAUUGCACCGGAACAAAGAUUAAACGUAGAGAUUGUAGAAGCAAAAGAUUUAUUAAGCAAACAGCAAUCGCGUGCGCCCAACGCGUACGUCGCUCUGUAUUUAGAAAGCGCGCCAACCGAAAGGCAUUACACCGGCAUGAAGUCGGGUGCAUUUAAUCCUGAAUGGGGCGAACACAUUAGUCUGCCGCUUGGUAAAAAUACGCAACAGGAAGUACUCUGUCUGGAAGUCUGGGAUUUCGAAGCAGUAGACAACAAAAACAAAAAGUUUGGAACUUUAGGCAAAGUAAAAAGUCUUGGAAAAUUGAUGAAAGAAUUUUCAGCAAACAAUUCGACGCCAAAAACGGAAGACUUGUUAAUUGGAACCGGAAAAAUACCUUUGAAGUCAAUUCCAAUGUCUGGCACAACAAUGUUAUACAGUUUGGAUAAACCGCCUAAAAUAAAAAAACAAGGAGUUCUAAAACUAAGAAUCGCUGUUGGAGCACAAAAGGAAGAACAGAUAAAAUAUGGACCUAAAGAUCAUGAUAAUUUUAUACAAAACUACAUGGAGCUAUUGAAAAUGUUACUCUUAUACGAGCUGGACACGUUGAAGUUGGAUUCCGAAACUUGGUCCGGCACCUGGAGCCCCCAAUCCCAAGCCAUACUAAUCCAACACAGGGCCCAAGGGGGCCUCUCGCACACUGCAAACGCCCUUUGCGAAUGGUCUGUCUACACUCAAAUCCAUUCCACGGAAAAACCUUUGUCUUUAGAAUUAUUUAAUAGACUUCUAAAGGUCUUGGUCAAGCCUUUGCAGCAACAGUCAGCUGGUGCUCAGGUUUUGGAAAUCGAGGAGGAAAUUAUGUUUUGGGAAGGAGCUGUAAGGAUACUUCCUGGAUGUUUUUCUAUAAUAAAAACGGUAAAUGAAAAAGAUUUUUGGAAGUUGGGACAGAAUUAUAUGAAUUUUUGUUGGCAGAUGCAAAGAAAUAAUCAGAUGGUGCUGAAAGAUUUAAAAGAAGCUCUACAUAUUGUGCAGACGUUAGCUUAUUUUAGGGCUCCUGCAGGGGUCGAUUCAAUAAAGGAUGCUUUAAACCUGGCAGUACGUUAUGGGGCCCAAAAUUGGUUUAAGGAUCUUCUGGAGCACCAGGAUGAAAUACCACGAGAACCUUUAGCUUCAAGUUCUGGUUUUGAUAAUAGUGAACAACUAAAUGGUGAAGAAGAACGUGUAAAACCAGAAAUAGAUGAGUAUUGUGCAAAUUUGCAAAAAGUUUGCGAAUUGGUUAAGGAAACGGUUCCAAAUGCAAUGGGUACUACUUUGUUUGAAUUGUAUUUGGAGAUUAAACGAUUUGUAAAUUUAGGUAACAAAUUUAACGAAAAUCAAUCACAAAAUUCAAAAAAUGACACCAAAUCCAAUAUGACUGAAGUUGGCAACAUGGCGCGUUGUCAUUUGUGGUUCACGACCGGUGUAACGCACUGGCUGGAUGUCGCUUCUUUAAAGCGAAAAAUAAUAGAAAAGGCCGUAGAAAUGGAUAAUUUUGUGCAAGUUACAGAUGAUGUACACCACAGCUCGUCUGCUGUAGACACUCUAGCAUUCUUUUACCAAAUCAAAAUAUUUUGGGAUCGUUUAGAAUGGCCAGAUCCCGAAGGGUGUUAUACUUUUAUCACCAAAAUUAUUCGUGAUAUUUAUGUUUGUUUUGUCUUCUAUGCUGAUUGCAUUCGUGUCAAGUUGCAUUCUGACAAUCCCAUAAGCUCGGGAAAGAAUAUAUGUUGCCAAAAGUGGUGUGUUGGUAUAAAUACUAUAGAAUAUGUGCAGACAAGUUUGCAGAAAUUUGUGGAGGAAUUAGGGACUGAAAAAGUUUUGGAAAAUUUAAAAAGAACUCCAGAAGAAAUCAAAGGCUGCAGAACUACAAUUUCAGCAAUAAUCGACAACAAAGUUUAUUUGGUCAAUGCCAAAAUAAAACAAAUCAUUGCAAAUUUUGCCAAAAAGUAUCAUUUGGGAAGAUUAAAAGAACUGGAAAGUAUGACAAGUUCACCAUAUGGGGUACUAACUGUUCGAUGUCAUCUUCAUACUACAAAACUUUUUGUGGAAAUUAUGAAUGCGAGCAAAUUGAUUCGAAUGGACAAUGAAAAUAUCUGUAACCCUUUUGUAAAAAUCAGUUUACUGCCACAAGAUAAAUUUAUUGGAUUAUCUAAACAUACAACUAAAACUAUACUUAAGACUGAUCAUCCGUUAUUUGAUGAAACAUUUAUCGUAAAGUUAACCGAGAAGCAAUUAUCAACCAAGGAUGCCUUAAUAUCCUUCAGUGUCAGACAUCGAGACUUGUUAAUGAAUAAAUGUCUAGGACAAACUUUUAUGAGACUCUCGGAUGUGCCCACAAGUUCCAGUGAUUGCAAAUUAACAAAUCUAACAUUAAUUAAACCAUUUGAUAGAAACAAUGAGAUAUUGAAAGCUUUGGAAAAUCGACAAGACGACAAGCAGGCCAAAGAAUUCUUGAAAAAACUGAAAUUCAAUACGGAGGAUAAGAUUUCCGGAACAAUUUCCAAUUUUAGUCGUGGAGCUAGAAACUUUCGAAAUAGCUUCAGAAGGAAAACAAAUGGUUAA